AUGGUGACGAUAAGCAAUGCUGGAGAUGUCAGGGAAGAGGUAUGUGGCUUGGUUGAUACUCUUAACCUCACGCCUCUUCUGAAAGCCGUCAGUCAGGUUAUGUUUUCUCCAACUGACUCGUUCUGUACAUUCUGGAAUAGCCAGCAUCAGGUUAAUCACCUCAAAGAUGUCAUGAAGCCCAAUGAGUUCGACGAUCCAGAGCGGGCUGAGCUGAUUGACCGGAUCUAUUAUCCGCUGAAGAUAAAUGCCUCUGAGAGCCCGUCGUCUCGGCCUGUCUAUGGCUCAGCGAUGUGGAUGUGCCUGCGGUCGAAUCCUGUUUCUCGAACAGCCUCACCUUCCAGGCGCAAGCGACUGGUAACGCAAGCCAUGCUGGAAGAGCCUAAGUUGACCUGA